AUGAGUAAAAACAAAACGAAAUGCAUAAAAAAGGGUUUAAGGUUGAGCUGGGGGAAGGUCAGCAACUUCUUCUACCUUGGUCCAUUUUCAUUUCCUUUUGCAAUUCGUCUCAUAAUCAUAGCAAAAUAUGGUGUUUCACUAGAGAGAGGGCCUUUCGACAAAAGGACUGCUGACUUCCUAUGGAUGUUAAUCUUUGGGACAAUCUCAUUACUGCUGAUGGCUGCUGUCCCAAUUCUGUGGACUCCUUUCCUGAGAGCUUCUUUGGUAUUCAUGAUGGUUUAUAUUUUGGGUCGUGAGUACCCAAAUGCUCGAAUCAACAUCUAUGGAGUUGUGUCAUUGAAGGGGUUCUAUCUUCCAUGGGCAAUGCUAGCACUGGAUUUGAUAUUUGGGAAUCCAUUACUGCCAGGUAUUUUAGGAAUGGUUGCCGGAAAUCUUUAUUACUUCCUCACUGUUCUUCAACCUCUCGCCGGCGGAAAAUACAGAUUCAAGACUCCUCUGUGGGUUCACAAACUGGUUGCAUACUGGGGCGUGGGCGUCCAAAUAAACUCCCCAGUGCAGCGCAAUCCACAGGCUGGAGUGGCAUUCCGAGGAAGAAGCUACCGUCUGAAUGGAAAUAGAUCAAAUUAUUCAAGCAGCACCCCAGCUCCAGAGCAGCAGCAGCCCCAUGCCAACGUAGGUGAUGCUAAUGGAGUUGCAUUCCGCGGAAGAAAUCACCGCCUUUACAGAUGA